AUGAUGAAAAAUAUAAUUAUUUUAAGCACACUAAUAGCAUUAUGUGCUUGCAGUCUCUAUGAUUGCAAUUAAAAUUGUUAAUAUUCAAAUAGGUGUAAUUCCUAUAAUCAAUUUACGAAUUGUAUUAACUACAAAAGCGCUUGCUUUAAUACAGAUGAUUGCAACUAAUAUAAUUGCUACAAUGAUUGUAAAACAUCAAGCUAACCUUUAGAUACUUGCUAAUUCUGCUAUAAAAAUUGUUCUGAUUAAUAUCCUUCUUGCUCUACAAGUAGGACAGUUGCAAUAAUUGUAGGAGUAGUCGUAGGAGGAGUUUUCUUAAUUAUAAUUAUAGCUGGAUGUUAUUUCUAUUAAAAAAGAAAAUAGUAGAGAUAAAAAAUUUAGGAUAUGGCUAAUAAAGCUAGACUAUAAUAGGAUUUGUAACAGAUGCAAUUUUAGCAAAAUAUGUAGCAGUAAAAUGUAUAACUUGGAUAUAGUCAACCUCAACCAUAUAUAAACUAACAGCCUAUGUUCAUUCCUCCUCCCUAAUACUAAGUAUAUAACCCAAACAUGCCAAUGAUGUAUUAAUAACCAAAUAUGAACGCAUAAGGAUAUGUUGUAAAUAAUAACCCAUAGGCUAAAGUACCAGCAAUUAAUAAUGUUGUUUUGUGA